CAUAUUGCAUGGUUAAAAGGUCGGCUUGAUGAAAACCCUGACCCAACUGUCAUCAGUCUUCAAGUCCCCUCAAUGAGGCUUUUCGCUUCGAUCCGUCUAUGUCCUUAACUGCCGUCAACAGAGCGGUUAGUAAACAAGCAGGCUACACGGUCAAAUUAUUGCGCUAUGAACCUGAGGAUUAUAAUAGCCCAAAGAGGAUUACUGAUCGUGUCCUAUGGAGUUGUCGCCUCAGAAGUACGCUUGGAUGCCUUCAAUACUCAGACUUUCCAAGCCUUCCCGACCUCAAGAGUCAUCAUCAUGGAUAAUGCGACUUUCCAAACAUCACAGGAUGUACAAGAUGACAUCAAAUAAACACACUGACCUGCGGCUGCCUCCCUACACCCUUCAGCUAAAUGCAGCCGAAUGGGUCUUUGGAAAGAUCAAGACGCAUGUACGACCCCAAGAUCUUCAUGACUGGGAAACAUUAACAGAUCACAUCAAUAACAGCAUUCUAAGUAUUACAUCCGGAAUGUGUUGGUGGAUCCGUGAGGCUGCAGAGGUAAACCCUUGGGUUGCUUUCUAGUCUACACCUACCAAACAUCAAAUAAAAAAAAUCUACCACAUGUUUAUGAGAUUGAUAGAGGCACAUU